AUGUCGGCAGAGGAGUUUCACAGUGCUGCUGAUUCUAGUACUUCAGUAGAGAAAGCAUGGAUGUUUAUUGCAAGCAAAAAAGCCAGAACAGUUAUUGCACCCUGGCUCUUGACUUACAGCAGAAUAUUCUUUUAUGGCAUGCAAAGGGGAAUUACCCAGGAACGUGGCUCCAUUUCCUUGCUCCGAGCUUUUCUCCUUUGCAGUGCAAUGUGCAGACUCCUAAGGUCUCCUGCGCUGCUUGGACUGGUGCUAGUGAUGCUUUCGGCAGGACAUUGCAAAGAGAGACCGGAGUCGAGUGCAGAGCUGAAGGAAAGGCAGAACCUCCUAAAUCUGAUCAUGGAGAUCAUCCAGGAGCUGAGAAAGUACCACCUGGAGGAUGAAGAGGAGAACGGAACACAGUAUAAACAAGACUAUUUGUUGGACCGGAGGGAAGUAACUGAUUAUGGAGCUUCCUCAGAGGAACAGAGAGUUGAAAUCGUUCCUAGAGACCUAAGAAUGAAAGACAAAUUUUUAAAGCAUUUAACAGGUCCUCUCUAUUUUGGUCCAAAAUGCACUAAACACUUUCAUAGACUUUACCACAAUACAAGAGACUGCACCAUUCCUGCCUACUAUAAAAGAUGUGCCAGGCUUCUUACUCGGCUAGCAGUAAGUCCAAUGUGCAUGGAAGGAUAAGGUAAGCUUUUGGUAAGAACCAAAUGACACUUUA